GACUCAACCUGUUGUUUCUCCUCACCACGGAAGCCUCCCAGAUGCCUUCGACUCCUCAGCAGCCCUCAGGACACACAGAGGGGCUCCCUGACCCCACAGCGGCCCCUAUGUGGGCCGUACUCCCCUGCGGUCCGUGUAUCCCCAUCAUGCUGGGCCUGGCUUCUCUCGCAGCCUUCUUCCUCGUAACGACGGCUGUACUGGCCGAACGCCUGUUCCGCCGCCCGGACCCGGACCCCAGCCAGCAUGCACCCACCCUAGUCUGGCGCCCUGGAGGAGAGCUGUGGAUUGAGCCCACAAGCAGCGCCCGGGAGCGCUCUGAGGACUGGUAUGGCUCCUCUGUGCCUCUGCUGAUGGACCGGCCUCCAGAUUCCCCCACCCCUGGGGGCACCUUGGAAGGCAGAGCUACUGCUCCCCCAGCUCCUUCAAUCCCACACUCUUCGCCCAGCUCCUUAGUUCCCCAAACCCCAACAGAAGGCCCAGCCCAGAGCACCUUUUGGAAUCCUAAGACUCAAGAGGAGAGGACCCAUGCCAUAGGCAUGGUGAACUGGGUUGAGCCUGAGCGGAUGCCAGAGGAAGGCGUGGCGGUUGGGAGUCCCAGGGCUUGGAGGCUGAGGCAAGGGAGCUCUGAGCCUGACUGGGGUCUCCAGCCUCGGGUCACCCUGGAGCAGAUCUCAGCGUUCUGGAAGAGGGAAGGCCGGACCAGUGUGGGCUUCUGAAUAUCCUAUAAGCCCCCCCCCCCCCC